AUGGACCUGCGUGUGAGCUACCCCAGCUACUGUACGGCGUCACCUUGCGACGGGACUACGACGACAUCUUGCCGCGAAACCCGUGGCCCGGCUCUCCCCCGUCUGGCCGAGGAGAUGGUCCACCUAGACUUCCAAGACGCCGCCGACAGCAGAACGUGGUACCGGACGGUGGGAAGCAGACACGCAGCUGUGAGCAAGCUUUGGAAGGAGAAGCAACAGCAGGCGUACAGAGACCUGGCGCGCUUGCCCUCUGCGCGAGACCCGGUCGGCUCGGGCGAGGCGGUGAUCAUCUGCAACGGCAAGGUCGGAUCACGGGCCCGCGGGGUGGUCGCUGAAGCAGCACUUGGUCUAGUCCACAAGGAGGACUCACAGGAUGGGCGGGAUCGCGGUGUCCACAGGUCAUCACGACGUCCUUAUUUGGGAGCUCGGCGACGAAGGAGCUUACUUCGACGAUGCGAUGCGAUCACGGGCUGUGGCGAUGAGCCUUCGAGCCAGCGAGCUGACGGAGACGCACACGGCACUAUUCAGGGACAAGGACGAAAGCGAAGGUGCUGCCGAGCCCUGGAGGUCACGGGAAGAAGUAAAAAAAAAAAGGAGUUUGCGAGCGAGUUGACGGAGUCGGAACGGGCCCGGAGGGAUAAGAUGAACGAAAUGGCGGCGGCGAUGCUUCAGGAUGACCCAGGGAUUUCUGGGUGCGGUUGA